UCUCUCUCUCUCUCUCUUCACACCCAUCACUAUCUUCCUUACCUCUCUCCGUCCCCGGCGAGAUCUCUAGGGUUUGGGCCGAUUGCCUUUGUCUCCUGGUUUGUUUCUGGUUUGGCGUUAUGUAGUUGUGGUGGACAUGUGGAUGGAGCCCUGCUGAACCUUUUAGUAGGGAAAAACCAGAUUGUUGCUCCGCAUAUUGGGACAUGCAUCUUAGAUUUUGAUAAUUACUGAAUGGGUGAAGAUUUUGAAUGAUAGAACUGUGGUAGGUUUAACUCUUGUCUGUGCAUGUGAGAUUCAUGAGAUAAGAGUGAGAAAACUCUUUAAAUUCUGAAUCACCCAUGGAGUGCAACAAAGAGGAGGCAGUCAGAGCUAUGCAACUUUCAGAAACAAAGAUGCAGAAUAAAGAUUAUACAGGAGCAAUGAAGAUGGCACAAAAGGCUCAGAGACUCUUCCCUGAUCUUGAGAACAUUUCUCAGUUGCUUACGGUUUGUGAAAUUCACUGUACAGCAGGAAACAAGCUAGGUGGAUCUGAAAUGGAUUGGUACCGAAUUCUUCAGAUACAGCAAUUUGAUAGUGAUGACACCAUCAGCAAACAGUAUAAAAAACUGGCACUGUUGCUUCAUCCUGAUAAGAAUAAGUUUGCUGGUUCGGAGACUGCUUUCAAGUGGAUUGUGGAAGCAAAAAGUGUGCUGUUGGACAAACAAAAACGUUCUAUAUAUGACAUCAAGUAUAGAACUCUAGCAAGACCUGGUGCACCAAAAACAACAGCUCAUCCUGCUGCAAUUAAUCCUCAGAAAAAUCCUCAGUCACAGGGGGAACGAAACACAUUCUGGACACAGUGUUACUUUUGUCUCUCAAAGUAUCAAUACUAUAGAGACUUUCUCGGUCGGUUGCUCCGUUGUCAAAGAUGUCGGAAUGCAUUUGAAGCUCAUGAAUUACGGGAAGGUGUUCAUUCAGAAUCUUUUAGGAAUGACUUCCCAAAUCACAAAGAGCCCCCAAGGCAGGGUCCUUCAAACUUUGCCUCACAAAGUAAUGGAGGAACUGAAAAAGGAAAUUUCACAAGAUUUCAGAAUGGAAAUGCAGCCUUUAAACCUGCAUCAAAGGUAUCUGCUGACUUGAGUGGGGCCUGUGAAGCUAAAAAGAAAGAUAUUAGGCAUGAGGUUGAACUGGGGAAGCAAGGUGUUGAAACAUCCAAGUCCAGUCCCCUAAAGUCCAAAGAUACAGGAACUUCAAGUAAUAUUAACAAAGAAAGAGAGAAGACAACUUCUGAACUUGGAGAAGGUUUGAAGAUGGGAAAUAGAACUACAACUGAUACUGAACAUGCUGUUAAAGAGAAGGUUGAACUCAGUGCAGGUCAUCACCCCAGGAGAUCUUCAAGGAACAAGCAUAAUCUUUCAUCCCUUCUAAAUGACAUGGAUAAUGAUGAUUUUGUGAGUCCCCCACUCAAAAGGUUGAGGAAGGACCAGCUGUUCAGUGCUGCUGAGAAGAAGGGGAAUGAUGCUGCUGUUGAUGGAAAUAAGAAAGAUACAAGAGAAGAAGUAAGUUUUCCUGUAGAAGAAAAUUUGCCAAACAAGAAGACUAAAACAGAGAAAUUUGAGUUGAAGGUAAAGGGAGCCGCCAUGUCGGUUAACGAUCAAAGCAACUCCAAAGCUGAUGUCAGUCCUGUAGCUAAUGUAGAUGUCACAUCCACUCAGGGAGCCGCCAUGUCGGUUAACGAUCAAAGCAACUCCAAAGCUGAUGUCAGUCCUGUAGCUAAUGUAGAUGUCACAUCCACUCAGGGAGCCUUUGAACUGCCUGAUCCUCAAUUCCAUAAGUUUCUGCUUGAUGCAGAUAGUUUACCAAGUCUUGUUAAAGCUAAUCAAAUAUGGGCUCUUUAUGAUGAUGACAGAGAUAGUAUGCCCAGAUGGUAUGCUUUUGUCAAGAAGGUCGUCACGCCUGGAUUUAAGCUGAAAAUCAUCUGGCUGGAGCCCAAUCCAAAUGACCGAGGUGAGAUUGAUUGGUGUAAGGACUUGCCAGUUGCUUGUGGCAAGUUCAAAUUAGGGGACACUGACGAAAUUAAAGAUCAUCUCUCGUUUUCUCAUCAGGUGGACUACAGAAAAGGGAGAGGUAGAAAUUCUAUUUUGGUAUAUCCUAGGAAGGGUGAAACUUGGGCCAUCUACCAGAAUUGGGAUAUUGGAUGGAGUUCUGAGCCGGAAAAGCACAUGCCCUACAAAUAUGACUUUGUUGAAGUGUUGACAGAUUUUGUAGAAGCUGAUGGAAUCGGAGUUCGUUAUUUGGGCAAAGUGAGAGGAUUUGUCAGUUUAUUUCAGAAAACCGAGCAGCACGGGGUUGUCAUGUUUCAAGUACCACCUCAUGAGCUAUACAGAUUUUCUCAUCAGAUUCCCUCUUUCAAAAUGACUGGUUGUGAAGGACAUGGUGUUCCCCCAGGAUCCUUUGAACUUGAUCCUGCUUCUUUGCCCACCAUUAUUUUUAAUUCAAGUGAUCUGGGUGAUCUAGAAAUGGAUGACAGAAGCAAGAAAACUGAAAUUGUUGGUCCGUCUUGUGAAAAGGUUGGUUCUGUAACUGCAUGCACAGGUAUGAAGCAGGAGAAGAAUCUUUCCGAAAGGGAGACGUUGAUGUCUAGAUCUCCAAGAAAGUCAGAUACUGAAUUCGCGAAUUGUAUGAAAGGGAAGUCCAUGACAAACCUAAACCGUGGAAACCUCACACAACCCAAGGAUAGUGCUAUACCAUGUCAAGCAGAUAAGAGAAACAACACACAGAAGAAGCAUCAGAAGAACGAUGCAGAUAGAGCACCUUUUAGUCUUCGAAGAUCACGAAGAGAAUUAAGCAAGAACAGUACCACAUCAAAUGGAGCUAUGAAGUGUCCAGAUUCUGCCAAGGAUGAAAAUCAUAUCAGCUUUCCUCGCGCUAACUCUACCUCUAGCCAGUACAAUAACAGGAUGCAAUCAACUCUGAAGGAUCACGAUUCUCACAGUCACAUGAAAAACCCUUUAGCCCCUCCGCCAUCUUCAUCCCCUGCCUGCAGAUUGUCCCAGGCUGAAUUCUUCGAUUUCAAAGGGCUGAAAACUCAGGACAGAUUUGGUAUUGGUCAAAUUUGGGCUCUGUAUAGUGAUGUGAACGGGAUGCCUAAUACUUAUGCUCAAGUUAGGGGGAUCCAGGUUAGGCCAAAAUUUCGAGUGCAUGUGGCAGUGCUGGAACCUUGCUCAGAAUUGAAACAUUUGUCUGGACCAGUUUCCUGUGGGACAUUUAAAUUGAAAGAUUGUCCAACUGAAGUCAUCUCCCUCUCCUCAUUUUCUCACUGCUUAAAUACUGGAAAUGUUUUGAGUAAGGAGGUGUUUGAAAUAAAGCCAAAGAAAGGUGAGGUUUGGGCUCUAUACAAGAACCACAAUCCUGAGCCGGCUGGUCCUGACCUGGCAAAGGGUGAAUGUGAAUUAGUGGAAGUGUUGGAAGAUGAUGGCAGAAGCACAAAGGUUGGGGUUCUGGUAAAGGUUAAAGGAUUUAAAUCAAUAUUCAAGUCUCCAAGAAUCCAGAGAUCAAAAACCGGGAUCAUUGAUGUACCACAGGCUGAGUUUCAUAGAUUUUCUCACCAGAUUCCUGCUUUCCAGCAUCGUGGGGAGAGUGACAGUCGAGUUGCAGGUUGUUGGGAGCUGGAUCCAUUAUCAAUACCUGGUACUGUAAUUUCCUUAGAUUGA